GCAAACCUGGCAACCUGGCAGCUUGUACUGAGACCGAUUGGCAAUCUGGCAAUGCGGAAAUAGAUCUGGCACCCCCCAAGCCAGGACUGAGGAGAGAGGCGUGACAGAGCGAGCGGAGAGGAGACGGGAUAGCACUGACAGAGAUCAAAUUAUCAACUCUUCUUUCCCUCUCAGCUUUUUGUUUUUCUUUUUUUCAUCAAAGUGCUCAGGUGCGCUCAUCCGCACCAGAUUUGGCUUUUUUUUUACAUUUUUGUUUUGUUUUUGGGGGUUUUUGUUUUCUAAAAUUUGUUUCUUUAAUCUGUCAAGUGUGAGGAGAAGAAAGAAGAAGUGCGUUUCUAUCGUUUGGAUUCUGGACUUCUUUACUGACUUCUUUUUUUUCUUUUUUUUUCGAGCAUGGAUGUGUUGGCGAAUUACAGUAUUUUCCAGGAACUCCAACUCGUCCACGACACUGGUUAUUUCUCUGCGAUGCCUUCCCUGGAGGAGAACUGGCAGCAGACGUGUCUAGAGUUGGAGCGGUAUCUACAGACCGAGCCCAAGCGACUCUCGGAGCUCUUUGACGAUGAGCUGGACUGCCUCUUAACGCCGGCGUUUAUGCAGGGGGGUGACAGUGAUGAAGACCUGAUGGACCCCCUCCUUCCCAGCCUCCCUGACCAGCCCAGUCCACCUUCGCUACUUGUGACCCUCCCCAAGGUGCAGGCCAAAAUCCUACACGUUCCCAAUCCCAACAAGAACCAGACAGCAGCUGGGCCUGAAACCCUCACAGGCAAGGAGCAAGUCCUCGGAGGAGUCAGUGCAGCUCAGCUUAGCGCCGCUGUCACUUCCCUAACACCGCCAUCAUCACCGGAGCUUGGCCGACACCUUAUUAAGCCCACACAGACGCUCACUGCAACAGCAGACGGCACAUUAACGCUCAAACUGGUGGCAAAGAAGGUGGGAUUAGGGGCGGCUAAGCUGGUAGCAGCGCGAGCGUUACCAUCCCCACCAGGCCGAGGAGGAGCCCUCAGUGACAGCGAGCAGGGAGGGGCGGGAAGUCUGGCAGGAGACGUACCAGAGAACAAGAAGAGAGUCCACCGGUGCCAGUUUAAUGGCUGCAGGAAGGUUUACACCAAGAGCUCCCACCUGAAGGCGCAUCAGAGGACCCACACAGGUGAAAAGCCCUACAAGUGCUCAUGGGAGGGCUGCGAAUGGCGCUUCGCCCGCAGUGACGAGUUGACACGACACUACCGCAAACACACCGGAGCGAAGCCAUUCAAGUGCAACCACUGCGACAGGUGUUUCUCCAGGUCGGAUCACCUGGCCUUGCACAUGAAGAGGCACAUCUGAAGGACAGGAAGAAAAGAAAAGGAGCAGGAGGAGCACGAGGAGGAAGAGGAGGAGCAGAAGGAGAAAUAGGAGGAGAGAUAGGAGGACAGAAGGAUGGGCAGCCAUGCUAUCGACUGCCUGCGUCAUAUCCCCGCCGCCGCCGCCCCUCCCCCAAUCCAAACACCAGUAGGCUCAAACAGCCAUCGGGGGGAAAGUUGGGCAGGAGGAAAAAACGAGGAGUAGCUAGAUUGUUGUUUUUCUUUAAAAUUACACACUCACGUUUGCAAUAGUAAACACUUCACACACACACCCGUCUUUGAACGCAUCACCCCGGUGAACCCCGGACACUCAUGCAGCUCUGGGGGCUUGGACACUGCCAGAUCAACAUGUACUCAACUUGCUUGACAAAACAUUUUCCCACCUUCUUUCGUUUUUCUUGUUUUUUUGAGACUUUCUCCGUAGUCAGUGUGUUAAACUUAUCGAGUCACUUCGGGUGAGCAGAAACUUUUAAAUAUCCAUGUAGUCAGCUGUUAGUGCUUUACCGGCUUUUGAAAUCAGAUAUUCGACUGUUUUUUCUUUUUCAGCUUUCUUGCUCUUUUCUUAUCGACGUUUCUCAUACACGGGACACACGAACCGUCACCUGCCGCAGUCAGCUCCAGUACUCAUUGUGAAGAAAACAACAAUGCCAAAUCUGCAGGAGAGAGACUGUACGGAUUGACUCCCAGCACGGGUGACAAUCGAACCCACGGCCCGGGACACCGCUGGUGCGCCCGCGGGUGCCGCUGCAGCUCUCAGGCUCUCCUCCAGUGGGUGUUUUGCAUCUCUCACCUUCACCGAGAUGCCUGCCGCCUCCGCAGGCCAUCUGACAGAAAUGCGCAGCGACACUUUCUUCCCUUUUUUCUACUUAGAGGACGAUAAUUCUUCUUCUUAUUGUUAUUUAAAAAAAAAAAAAAAGACGUUUUUUUUCUCUCUGUGAGGAAAAAAUGUCUGAAAACUCACAGCAAUGUGUUUGAGAAGAAAAAAACAAAAAAAAAUAAAUAAAAAAAAAUCUAAGAAGACUUUAACAGAAUGUGUGGGAUGAGAAGGAGAGCGUUGUUGGUCUUUAUAAUCCCCAUGUGCACCGACUCUGCAUCUGCAGACUGCAAGAAAUCAGUGGAUGAACAAACAACAGAAUCACACAGACUCUCAGAAAAGGCGUUUGUGUCUGUGCUUUUUUUUUGGACUACAAUAAAAAAAACAGAAAGUAGAGAGGUCUUCAUUUGUGUGCUGCUCUUUCUGCCCUGUGACUCCCUGCAGCUGAAAAACAAAACCUUGUUAUGACCUCUGUGGUCUCGUACUCUACAGCAGCCGGGCAGAGGAUUCCUUAAAAACUGGGAACAUGUUUCUUGGUUAUUUGUUUUUCUUUUGUUUUUCUUUUUCAUUCUGAUUCUGAAAGUCAUCCUCGAGCGCUUUCACAGACUCUGAGAUCUCAUCUCCCUGGCAGCACUGCGGGGCGAGAAUGGAAGCUCAAGAGCUGCUUUUUGGUUAUUCACGUGGAACUAAAGAUGCCAGCCGACCUUUGUGUGGCGGCUCUGAAUAGACACGGUCACAUCGACCCGUCAAUUUUGCCUGUUUCAUAUCCACUGACUGCACUGACUUUUCUUUUUAAUUCUUUCCAAUGUUAUCUGUGCUUUUUUCCUUUUUCUACGGCGAAAAAAAUAAGGAUAAAAGGAACACAAAGAAAAAAAAAAAUCAUAAAAGACUUGGAAAAAAAACCAACACAAAAACAAUUCUGUCUCACUCUACACGCUGCAUACAGAACAAGCACACAUGCUCCGUCAACACACACACUUACACUGCAGUUCUUACGCUCAAGGCUCCUCUUGAGAUAAGACUAAUAAGAUUUAGGAAAAUAAUUAUUAAACUAAUGAACAGAGUUGGGGGAAACAACACACACUGCAUGGCAGGCUUUGUUGCAAACGCACACACUAGCUCAUGAACACACAUGCACGCACGCACACUCUUCCUGGAAUUAUAUGUUCUGCUCCCAAAUCUUUUUUCACAGUAGGAAUUUAGCAACUGUUGUUUAGCAGAAGAGUAUCUUAGCUCUCGGCUGGAGGUAACAAAUGAUUCCAAAUCCUUUGAAGUGAGAAAUCAGCUUGUUCUCAGUUCCAACAAUCACCCACAUAUCCCUCACUGCAGCUUGUGCCUCUCAUUUAAUCAGCGUUUUUUCUGGUUUUUGGUCGGGUUUUUUUUUUUACUUCAGAGACUUCGGUUACGUUGUUGGUUACAGUUGAGUCAGUGGUCAAUGUUUUCAUCGGAAAUAAUCCUAAGAAAGCAGCUGCGGCAGAUCUGAAACAUUAAACCAGCAGCAGGCGUGUAGUAUUAUUAUUAAAGAUGGUUUAUGCUCGUGGGAAAAAGUGCUUCAAGAUGACAAAAUUGCCUGAAACGUUCAGGAUAACCCCUGAUGUAGCCUGAAAAUUGAAGCUGUUAGCUAGACUGUUGGGGGAUGUCAAAGCUUGCUGUGUAGAAAUUCCAGCUCUGGUUUUGAUCUGGCGAAUCAAAUUUAUUUUCCAACUUGAUGGUGCUGUGUAAAAACGAUGUUAUUUUUGACAAAAUACUCAGCACCCACGACCAUAUAGAUGCGUCCUGUUCAUGCUAUUUGACUGAUUUAACACACGCAGUAAGGUUUGAAUCACCUGAGGUUCAUAAUGUGCGAUGAAAACACUGACUUUGAUCUGUGCCCUGAAAGUAAUCAGCAACAAUUUUAAUGUAAAAAAAACAGAAAAGAAGAAAAGAUGGAUCUGAGAAAACUGAGGUAAACGUGUGUCCACACUGCCUGCUUCCUUUGCUCAAUAGUUGACGGGGGAAAAAAUUAAAUUAAAAAAAAAAAAAAAUGCACUCGCCUUGCAAUCGGGGCACCGACAGACGCUACCGCUGCAUCCGCCCACCACCACCCACUGUAUAUGCCCCGCAGCACGUGCAAACAGUCCAUUAUUCACUGCUACUGACUGGGUGCAGUUGGGGUGAGGGUGCAGGUUCCUGAAGCUGGCAGGAGGUUUUCACAUCCCAGUGUACCCAGUCAUCGUGCCAGUUGGCUUCGCCAGCCUUCAUUAGGUGAAACAGCGAAAACAUUCCCCUCCAAUGGGGAAUGUUGGGGGGGGGGUUAUGGUGCAGCUUCGAACAAUCGAUACCAAAAACCUCCAGCGUGGAACUGCCCUUCAGCCACGGGCAGAGUCUCACCACUCAGGAGAGAUCCGUGGGAGACCGCCUCCAUAUGAAUUCUGUGUAUCUAGCGGCAGCUUUCACUAUUAACUCUCUCUCUUUCUAAAUAUGACAAAGCAGCCCGUGUGGGAGGCGAAUCCAGUGUUUCACUUUUGAUUUCAUUUGCCCCGUUUGCUGGUUUCCGUUACAGAAGCUGUGUCGAUGGUCGUGUUCGUCGUUCUCGGAUAAUGCAAAGUCAUGCCGUCGGCGUCGAGGCAUGCAAAGAGGCCCUCCCAUACAACGUACAAUCAUAGAGGGAUCAGGAUUGUAGCACUUUUGUGAGGCUUUUGAUGGCAUGAAUGUGUUUACGUGUGCAUGUAUGUGUCCCUGUUAGGCAAACUGUGAUGGGAAGCAGUCAUUCAGCAGAGAGGUUUAUAACUGACUUUUUAAACUGGUAAACAAGUGUGCGGCUGUGUGAGGGAAGAACUGGUCGAUGCAUUUGCUGUUGGAUUUUUUUCUUUGGUCAAAGCAAUGGCUGACAAUGUGUUUAUUAGGAUUUUUCUUUCCUUUUGACCCUCCAAUUAUUCAUUCAUCCAUGCAUACAAGUCAUUGAGCUUGAUGACUUGCAUCGCAUUAAAGAGAUGCUAAUUCAUGCCUUGCACUACACAGGUUUAUCUUAAACCAUGUAAAAUCAGACUGCCUGACAGAUUAGUUGGCAUUCGGUUCAAAUUAUUUGGUUUUUGUGCCUAUUUAUAAAAACUAGGAAGCAGCAUUUUGCAUUCAUGCUAAUUUAAACUCGACUUAAAUUAAUCUUUCACAAACUUUGAAUUAAAAAAUGCUAAAAAGCAAAAACAUUGUGCUUAAAGGAUUCUCUAAGAAGAUUUGUCGCUUUGAGCACAUUUCUGUGUUGGUUUUGAGCAGUUGUGCCACUCGCCACACAGGCAAAAAAGCUAAAUUGUUUGUUCCAAAAACAAAAUUAAAGAUUGUAGUGCUUGCCAGCAUGAAGCGAUUGCAACUCGCAGUUCAUCUCCUCGCAAAUCAUAACCCCUCAUGACAUUCGACAGAUCGCAAAGUCACUUCAGAUAGAAAUUCACAUUUCAUUCCCUUCACGUCUGAGCCUGUCAAAGCAGGUUUUCUGUCACAGUGUUGCCCGGGUCUCCUGUCGUCUCACAGGCUCUUCCAGGCCACAGCUCUGAUUAGCAUUAACUCUCGGUUCUCUUCUCAAGUUGCAGUUCAGCUAAUGAGAUAGCUCUGGUUCACAGGGAAAUUUAGUGGUCUGGAGAAAGAGAAAAAAAAACAACAACAACAGGGACCUUGAGCCAGACUUACACCCAGUGGACACAUUUGAUGUAGAACAAACAGAAAGUCCUGUUAGCGCAGAGAAAUAUCAGGAGACGGCGAGAUACUCACUGAAGAGGCUGAACUUUCAUGGAAAAAAAAACAAAAAAAAAAAAUCAUUUACCUACAUGAAUAUCCAGAUCAUUAAAUCAGCCAUUGCAUUUUAUCUCAUGGAUUACAGAUAAAAUAAAUUACCAUUUAUCUGCAAAGUCCCAACAGAUAUUUAAUCCACUCCACGUCCCCCGAUCCUCCCCCGUGGUUCACAGUUAGUGCCAUUCUAAUUUUCCUCUCUCUCUCCCUCCAUCCUCACCCCAUCUCUCCCUUUCUGUCCACAGCAGUUGUCCAUGCACUAUCAGCUGCGGGAAUGCUGAAUGCACACUUUACACGUUUUGCCCAAAGAUUUGCAUAUCUGCAAGUUAACUGCUGUGAAUGUAGUAGAUGUAGUGGAAAGAGCUGAGAUGCAGAGGUGCAGAAAAGGAGUGGUGGAUGGACGGUGGGAGGAGAGGGACUGUUGAUCUUACAUAACCGUUCCUGUUAAAGCUUAAUUACUGGUAUGCUCCAACGCUUCAUGCUUCAUAACAUUCUCGGUCCUCUCGUCUACUGUCAGCUGGAGCCGAACUCAUUGUUCACAAAUGUAAAAUAACGUUUUCAUGGUCUUAUAGGGUGCCUGGUAUAGUGGCGCUAGCAGCUUAAGCAGGAGUGAAGUAGCUUUAGUUUAAGUUAGCUUCUUAGCACACUGCAGAUAGCACAGUCAAGUCUCAUUUCAAAGUCAAGGUGGGCUUGAGUCUUUGGGAAUGUUUAACCAUUAUAUAAGCAACUUCAGACAGUUUCAUUCUUUCAUUAAAUGGAUAGAGUUUAGGGAGAAUCUGGAGAAUUUGCUGAAGGUGGUUUCACACUGAAGGAAGAGUCUGAAUCUUGUUAGCUCUCUAAAAGCCUCGGUUAUGUUAAUGGGAAUAAACAUUUUCUCUGACAAAGAAAACUUACUAAUUCUUAAUUUAGUGACCUGAAAUUCAGUUUUAGAUGAUUAGCCUGUUAAUGCUGUUUAAAUUAAGUGUAAAAAUAGCUAGCUGGCUAAAUAGCUAGCUAGCACUAGCUGGCUAAAUAGCUAGCUAGCACUAGCUGGCUAAAUAGCUAGCUAGCACUAGCUAUGUAUAACACUAGUGCUUUUACACCAAAAAGCACUAGCUAUAUAAAAACAUAUGUAGCUAGAGAACUAGCUUGCGAGCACUGAUUAUGUACAAGUGUAAAAGCAUAAAAGCAGACCAGAGAAAAAGGCAUCAAACCCAGUGUGAAAACGACCUUCAGACAUUCUCUGUAGCCACAGUUAGUUGUUUAGACACAGUCCUUCGAUGGAUAAGGCUUCAGUUUUCACAGUUUUCCACCAUAUCGUCCUGAUGAAGGAUUGUCACUUCUGGCAGCUUUUGUAAAUAGCGUGAGAUCUUUCAUGCAGACCGCUCUGUCUGUAAUUAACCAUAUGUGGCGAACAGCAUCGCUCAGACAUUUCAGCGUUUCUAUAGAUCUGCUUUAGUUCUUGCAAACAUUGCACUACAUGAUCAUACUUAGCUAUUGCACUCUUCAUGUGCGCGCACUGCUAGCAUAGUCUGUUGGAGCACUCUGUCAAAUAUCCACUUAACAUUUGUUACAUGACCAGGAUGCACAUGGCCACCAAGAACUAUUUUCCACAGGUCACCUUGCAGCAGAUCAGACUGACAUAUCUGCUUAAAACUCCAGUUAAAUGCCUUUUUCAUCACUCUUUCUCUGGAGGAAUAUGUCGUACUCUGAAAACACUCAGUCAUGCUGUGACUUGGUUGAACUUUCUUGGUAUCAGUGGCAUCCCAGAGUGACGCUGUCUGUAACUACUGUGUUUGUCCAUGCUUGAUGUGUCAGUAUAUAAGAGAUUCACAGAUCUUAACCCUUCUCCUUGUGUCUGUAUGUUUCACUUCACCUACACCAAACCCUCUCUACCAAAACCACAACCAUCAGAGCCCUCUGGGACCCAACACGCUCAUAGAUAUCCAGCUGUUCUGAGAAGUAUUCUCAAGAGCUAUGCAGCUUGGGAUCCCCAAGCAGUUCUUUGGUGAGACUGCAAUAACUUUUCAACUUUACCAGCUUAAUGUCCUCACUGGGUACAGUUUUUUUUCCCCAAAUGACCCAUCCUUGUAGGUGCUAUACACACUCUGUCAGUUAAUCUGCUCAGUUGGCCUGAUGCCUGAUGCUUUUAGUUAACAGAGUCUACUUGGAGUCUGUCCUAUUCUGUCAGUAUGUAUGUGGCAAAAGGAUUGGUACCAAAGAAUUAGGUUUCUCUGUGCUAUAUUGUUAUGGGAAAUAGUGCCCUGUCACAGCCAAGGUAAUAUUUGCUUCAAGUUUGCGUUGAAAUAUUUGAUUUUUGGCAUAUUAAUUUUUAAGGGUAUCAAAAUGUUCAGUCCAGAAUGGCUAUUGUCUGUUUAAACAUUUUUUUUUUUACAUACGAUUUUAUGACAAUUUUAUGCAAUCAGAUGCAAUCUAUACAAUCUUUAUUUUAGUUACAGUCACUUUUGAAGACUUCCCAUCAACAUUUCAGUCUACAAAAGUCUAUAGCUUUAGCAGUCUAUCAACCGUAUUCCUUAGAGAUUACAUUUCUGAAAUAGUACAGCAAAGUGAUUUUGAAGGAAAUAUAACGUAACUGUUAAAAUGAUGCAAUCAUGCUGCCAGGCAACCUAAAAUCUUUCAGACAGAAGACUUAUGUAAUUUAGGUUUAACCUUAGCUUUCAGAAAAGAUCUUACUUGUUCAAAGUGACUGUGUAUUUAUAUGCCUUUGUUGUAAGUAACAUGGUAGAAAUGACAUGCACUUUUCAAGUAUUACCGUCCACGCUAACAGAAAGUUUAUUUGGUUCCAAUCCUUAUGCCACAUAUCGUGUGGCCAAUCCAAUAUUUGUAUUAACUGUGAGUGGUAUUUCAGCACCUUUGUAUGGCCCACUGUGUGUACUCAAACCACAGCUGUUGAGGGAUCCCACUUAUAUAUUUUCUGGGAUGAAUGGACAUGUAGAAAAGUGAAUUAAGACAAGCAGAUGUGUUUUCACCAUCACGACAUCCUUCUCACCUGCCCUGCAAGGGCUCUGUAACUCCGUUCAUAUCAACCUUGGAUCCACGACCCUUCACUCCACCCCGCCCUCCUCUCUUCUCUCACUGUCACCUCUGUUGAGUUGAGUUUCUUUUCCGUUCUCUUGUUUUACUUACGAUUUUUUGCUGUACAAAGUGUUUAAAAUAUUAUUUGUAUUAUAUGAUGUUAGUAUGGUAAUGUUCUUUAUUAAGGAAGAAGAAAAUUUAUUUUUGUUACUGGUCUGUUUCAUAAUUCUUUUCUAAAUUGGUAUUGUAAGAUAUCUAUGCAAGAACUGUUAAGUGGAGCAUUUUUAUUUAAGAAUGUAAUAUGUGUAAUAAAUGGUAGAAUCUG